AAACAGAAAGAGAGCGAGGCGCUUGUGGUUAAGGAAAGCGAUUGGGCGAGUUUGCUUUUAGGCGGCGGUUAUCAUUCUCAGUAAUAGAUUAUCUUGUCUGCUGUUGAUUUGAAACCCGUUGCGUCGCGGAAACCAGGUUAUUUGUAAGACUGAGAGGAAGACGGUCUUAGGAACACUGAAAGGUCUAUUUUUAAGGUGUUAAAUCUUGGAAAGAGCCCUGUGGAAAGUGGAGAAGCUGCAUGUGCAUUCUCUCACCUGCUUUGAAAAGGCUUAAAGGAGCAUCAUGGAUUUUGUGAUGAAGCAAGCUUUAGGUGGGGCCACCAAAGACAUGGGGAAGAUGCUGGGUGGGGAGGAGGAGAAGGACCCUGAUGCUCAGAAGAAAGAAGAGGAGAGGCAGGAGGCGCUGAGGCAGCAGGAGGAGGAGAGGAAGGACAAGCACGCCCGCAUGGAGGCAGACAGGGAGAAAGUACGGCAGCAGAUCCGUGACAAGUACGGCUUGAAGAAGAAGGAGGAGAAGGAGGCAGAGGAGAAGGCAGCUAUGGAGCAGGCGUGCGAGGGCUCGCUCACGCGCCCCAAGAAGGCGAUCCCUGCGGGCUGCGGGGACGAAGAUGAGGAGGACGAGGAAAGCAUCCUAGACACAGUGCUCAAGUUCCUGCCCGGGCCGCUGCAGGACAUGUUUAAGAAGUAAUGGGGGUAUGGGGGGAGAGGGGGCAACCAGGCCAACCACAGCGCAAAUCCCUUUCUGUUUUUAACCUGUCGAUUUGGUCCAUAAAAAUCCAAGCAAUUUAAAUCUUAUAUCUCAUGAUAGUGCCAGCAUAUUUUUUUCUUUUCUUUUUUUUUCUUUCUUGAUCUCAGAAAUUUCUGUCCUCACGAAUAAAGACGGUUGAGCUGCGUAAAAGCAUAGAACUGAAAUGCCUGUUUCAGAAUGAAUCUGUGGGUCAAUGCUUAGGAAUUGCAUACGCUUUCCAUACACACUGACCAAGCAUAUAGAACUAAACUGUAUAUGUAUAUGUAUGUGUAUACACUUGUUCUUAAAUACUGACCUGUUUUGGUGUGCAUUGUGGAAAGCCAGUUUUUUCCCAGUAUAAAAGAUAAUCCUGAGAUCUUUUUUGUACCAGUAACGUCAAUACAUUUUUAAAGAACAUUUUAAAAUGUUUUUAAAAUGUGCCUCUAUUUAUUGUAAGCCAUGUUGAAACAGCCACUGCAGCUGAAUACAUUGAGCUUGGAGGGCUGUGCAGUCCGAUGAACACUGACCCAGACCCCCACCCCCCCCAGCUCUGUGUAGUCAGGCUCAGAGUUAGCAGUGUUACUCUUAGUCUUCAGUUUAACAUGCCAUGUUGCAGAUAGUUAUCUCCUUUUUCUUUUUCCCCCUUUUGCUUAAUAAUAUUUCCUUCUUUUUUUAUUUAUUUAUUUUUAACUGCCAAAGUGAACGUUGAACUGAGAUCAUAAAUUGGGUUCCACCAAAUGGCUUUGUGUUAAUCCUAAGACUGUCUGGACAACGGUCGCGAUUUGACAUGGGUACAAGAAAGUUUUCGGGUUUGGUCAGGUCUGGUCGAACAUCCUUUUUCUGGUAUUCUCUGUACAAAUACACUACCAUAUUAUGCAUUGCAUCCAUUUUAUCU